CUCUCUCUCUCUCUCUCUCUCUCUCUCUCUCUCAUUGACGAGCCCAUUGAGAAGCCGGAGCCAAGUCCGCAACGAUCACGACAAUGCGUUUCCAGCAGGUAGCGACCCUGGGCCUGCUCCGCGCAGGUCUCGCGACGGCUCAACUCACUUACGCGGACAACCAACCUAAGGUUAUCCGCGACAGCGAGGCCGUCGCCGCCAAUUUCCCAGAGGUUGAGGGCGUCGAGCUGUUCUCGCCCGCGUUCGCAAGCCCGGAGAGUGUGCCCAGCACCUUUGCCAACGGCACCAGCGGCCCGACGGACGAGGCGACUCUGGACCACUUCCUCCGCACGCUCGCGGCGCGCAACGAGUGGAUGACAUACCACAAUCCAGCCUUCAAGUCGGAAGAGGGCCGCUCGAUCCCCUACGUCUACCUCUCGACCUCGAACCGUGUCGUCGACGGGCUCGCGUCCCACGCCAACGCCAGCGCCCCCGGCAAGGUGCGCAUCUGGAUGCAGGGCGGCGUCCACGGCAACGAGCCGGCGGGCGACCAGGCCCUCCUCGCGCUGCUGGGCAAGCUGGACGCCAACGCCACGUGGGCUGCCUCGGUCCUCGAUAAGGUCGACAUCAUGAUGCUGCCGCGGUACAACCCGGACGGCGUGGCCUACUUCCAGCGGUACUUUGCGACCAACUUCGACCCGAACCGCGACCACACCAAGCUCGCGCGGCAGCAGACCCGCGACAUCAAGCAGCUCGUCAUGGGCUUCGCGCCACACGUCGGCGUCGACUGCCACGAGUACAGCCCGACGGGUCCGUACGGCGCGCGCGAGCAGUGGGUAGACGCGCAGGACGGCCAGUUCUCGGCCAUGAAGAACGCAAACAUCCACCGGGCCAUCCGGGACAUGUCCGAGGCCGUGUUCGCCAACGCCGUCGCCGCCGCCAUGGAGCGCCGCGGCCUGCGCUGGGGCGCCUAUGUCACGGGCCCCUCGGGCACCGACGACGUUGUGCUGGAGGAGACGACGGGCGACGCCAAGAUUGGCGACAGUUCCGUCGCGCUUGGCCAGACCAUCAUGUUCCUCACCGAGACGCGCGGCAUCGGGUUGGCGGACCAGCACUGGCAGCGCCGGGUCGCCGCGGGGCUGACCAUGGUCGAGACCAUCGUCCAGACGGCCGCCGACCGGGCCGAGGAGGUGUACGCCACGGUCGAAGGGGCGCGCGCCGACUUCAUCGCCAGCACGGAGGAUAUCGUCGUCACCGAGUCGGCGCGGCCGACCAACAUCACGUGGCAGUUCAUCGAGGCGACGACGGGCGCGCUCGUCGACGUCCCGGUGCAGUUCCUCAACACGACGCCCGUGGUGGCGAACCUGACGCGGUCCCGGCCCGAGGCCUACGUCUUCUCGCGCGCGUGGGCCGACGUCGCCGAGCGCUUGCGCGUCGCCGGGGUCGAGGUGCAGACGCUGCGGGCCGACUUCCGCGGCGAGGUCGAGGCCUUCAACGUCACGGGCGCGGCGGUCGCGGGCGCCAAGUACGAGGGCGUCGCGCGCACGACGGUGACGACGGGGACGGUCCGCAAGGAGGUCCGCAUCCCGGCCGGCGGGUUCUGGGUCAGCACGAGGCAGAAGAACGCGGCGCACGCGUUCGUGACGCUGGAGCCCGAGGGCAUCGACUCGUACGCCACCUUCAACGUGCUCCCGGUCAGCGUCGGCGACGAGUAUCCCGUCUACCGGGUCAUGGCUUGAUGCUGCUUUUGAAGUCUAGAUAAUGAAAGGAUAAUGUCAAUGAAUAUAUGCAUGCUGCAUUUGUAUCUUGCAUCAACAUCA